AGAUGUUCAGCUGCGAUCCAAGCUCUGGGUUAUGUACUUAGGCCUUUCUCUUGACCUCAGGGCUCUGCAGACAAAAGGAAGGGCUCUCUGUGCAGCAACGCCUAGAGGCCAUGAUGCGGCGGUCCCUGGAGCGGGCACAGCAGCUGGAGCAGAAGCAGAAGCGGUGGUCCUGGGGAGGAGCGCUGGCUUCCAGCUCCGGCUCUUCCGACAGGGAUGGUGAAUCAGAAAAUGCCCCACCCCCUCUACUAGGUUUAGCGGCCAGCACCCUUGCUCCAGACCCUGUGACCUCUGCUGCUGCUGCUGAUGGCUCCAAUGCAUGUGACAAACUUUCAGCUUCUACAAUGAAUCUUCCAAAGCAGUUGGAGUCACCCAUCAGUAAGCGUCUGUCUUCCUCCACAGCAGCAAUUACAUAUUCCUCUGACAAAGCCCCAGGGAGUCCUUUUAAAUCUCCCUACAAGGCAUCUCCUGCCAGGAUCCCAGAGAGAAGGAAGAUGAUGGCCUGUGGUGCCGGGGAUGCCCUGAAAGGAGCUGGUUCGUCCGAACAGACUGAGAAAGGAAAGAAAGAAAAGCGACCCCCAGCAGCCGUUUCCACGACUGGCCUUGGAUCGCCAUUAAGAAGAUCUGAUUCUCCAGCAACCAAGAGACAUUCCUCUCCUGCAAUAUCUAAAACACCUUCAAAAACAUAUCCACAAUCUCCAAAGAAUACCAAACCAUACCAAGGAUCACCUGUCAAAUACCGAAGCCCCCAUUCUCCCAACCAAGAGACUCCAAAGAAGAAAGCGGACAAAGAGAAAGCAAACAAGGAGAAGGAAGGGGCUCUGAGUCAGAAAGCACAUGGAGCUCAUGGGGAUCAGAUAGGUGAGAAGCAGCUUGCAGAGAAAUACAGCCCUGGGUCAGGAAAGACCGAAGUUAGUGAAGGGAAGUUCACUGCAGGAACAACCGAUGCAGAAGAAGCUGCCAAAAUCCUGGCAGAGAAGAGGAGGCAGGUCCGUCUGCAGAAGGAGCAAGAAGAACAAGAAAGGCAGGAGAGGGAGGAGCGAGAGAGGCUACAGAGGGAAGAACUGGAAAGAAAGGCAGAACAGGACAGGAUUCUCCAAGAACAAGAAGACCAUAAGAGAGAAGAGGAAAGAAAGCAGAGACAAGAAGAAGAGAAGAGAAAAGCAAAGGAGGAAGCCCAGAGGAAAGCUGUAGAAGAACAGCUUUUAAGAGAGCAACAAGAAAAAGAAAAGCAAGAGAGAGAGCAGCAGGAGAGAGCCAGAAUUGAAAAGCAGAAAGAGGAAGCAGAAGCCAAGGCACGGGAAGCCGCUCAACAGCUGCGUCUGGAACGAGAACAGAUCAUGCUGCAGAUAGAGCAGGAAAGGCUAUUGAGAAAGAAGAGAAUAGAUGAAAUCAUGAAGAGGACAAGGAAAAGUGAUGUUUCAACAGAAGUGAAGAAGGAAGAGCCUAUAUUGGAGACUCAGCCCAAACAGGAGUCUCAGCCAAUUUUGGAUGUGGAAAAUAAUACAUCAAAGCCUGUUGUGCAGAGUAAAGUAGAAGUCAACGGAUUGACCACCUACGAGGAAACUAACGGUGUGGGACGCUCUGCCCCUGCAGUGAUCUCCCAAGACGUCUUCUCUGACGGUCUGAAGCCAGCGGCAGGACUCAUCCAUCUGGAUGUCCUAGAUGGGAAGCUGAGCAGUCAGGAUGAUUCUACAGAUGAGGUUCAGUCUAUGGAUGUUAGUCCGGUUUCAAAAGAAGAACUUAUCUCCAUCCCAGAAUUUUCACCAGUGAAUGACAUCAUUCCCGGUGUUUCUUUGGAACAGAAUGGAACCAGUAAUGCUAAGGCCAUCGAAGAGCUCUUAGAUUUCACAGGCCCCCCAACUUAUCCCAAGAGAUCCAGUGAAACCCUUGCCAUGGAUGACUGUAACAAAAACUUGAUUGAAGGAUUUAACAGUCCAGGACCAGAAAAUACACUUAAUACAAUAUGUUGAUGGAUACACUAUACUGUAACGUAAAGAGGUAGUAUGCGAUGGAGGAAAUACAGACCUGUGACGCUGCUGGCAGUAAACUGUGACUGUUUGUCAUCUAGAGGAGCUUCUGCAAUCCUUGACUGCUGGAUUCCAGUAAUCGGAGCUGAAUGUAAUGUCCUGUCUUCUCAAGGGUCUCUAUGCCCCCAAACUGGCUUUAAAAAAAAGAAAACUACAAAAGGGGACUCUUAGCCCUUGACUGGGUUCAGGGAAGCUUCCUUGCGCUGUGUAUUAAAGCUUUAACGGCUGAUCGAGUACUUAAGCUAAUAUCCUAACCAUUAUCUGAAGAACAUCAGAGACUUCAGCUUAUCCGUUCACUUUAUAAUCAUUCUCCAUAAAUAUCUAGAUAUCGUUUCUUGUAAAUACACUUAACAUGUAUCGCAUUUACCUGAAAGUCACUUAGAAUAUCCUGGACUUGAGCAGCAUGCCUGGCCUUGUCUAAAUGGGGGAGGGCAUUCAAGAGAUUACUUCCUACCAUAUUCUGCCCCCACCCCCACCCCCCAAUCGUGCUUUCUGUCACUGAAGGCUUUGAAAUGAGUUUUCAUUGAGGAAACAUAGCAUGCUUUACUCUAGAAUUGCUCUGAGAAGCCCCCCCCCCCACUCCCCACCCCCGGCUGCUGUUAAGUUUAGCCAAUUGAAAAAAUGAUUGUCAUGAUUUUGCUCUUUUUUUUGGCUCUCUCUUUGCUUUUAAAAAAAAGUCUCUUGGUCCAGGCAGAGGCUGAUUCCUACCUUCUCACGAUCACUCCCAUCUGCCUUUGCAGCUGAUUGUAGCGAGUUAACUUUCCCCUUUUACACAGUGGUUUCUAUUUGUGACCACAGUUCUCCAGAUUACCUUUGAAGUUUCACGUGGGUUUGUCUAGAUAAUGUAUCCCUGGUACAGGUAGCAAAUGCAGUUGUUUCUGGUAGUGGUGAUGGUGGUGGGCUUUUGUUUGUUUUUGAUGUCCUAGGUUAUUGUCUCUCUCCACCUUUAGUAAAAGUAAAAUCUCAUUUCAGUGAAAACUACUAUGAGACGCUGAUAAGUCCCAAAGGGGCACAGUAUUUUCACUUGCUUUAAGGACAUCGACCUCUGUAAUAUGUUGCAACACCUGGAUGGGAAAAUUCCCAUUUCUAAACAUUUUGUGCCAUACGAAAUGCACUUUGGUUCAUUUUCUUUCUUUUGGUGGAAAGUAACCCUCAGACUAUAUCAUUCUUUUCUUCUUUGAGGCCUUGUUAACCUAGUACUUCCAGGGACAAGGGAGACCAAGAAUAUUAGCAGAUGUUAACCAAAAGUGGGCACGUUAAUAAUGUGAGGAAGUUGGUGGAAUGCCGUGGUCUCAGUAGUAACCUUGUCCUUGUGCUUUGAAAACCAGCAAUUGUUACAGAAUUAAAUAGCUGACUAUUACUCCAUGUGUAUGUGUUUGUAUGUGCGUAUAGAUGUACAGUACGUAUAUUAAAUAAAAGACAUGCCUACCACAA